CAAGCAGCUAACAGGCAUCGCCUGCCCUCUCUGUGCCAGGACUCGGCUUACUGGUCAUUAUUUCACAACCAGCCUGUGCAGCUCUCACCCUCAUCUUCCAGUCACAGGUAUUGUACAACGCUGCCUGCCAUGGCCCUGCCCAGCGUGUCCUGGGUGCUGCUCUCCUGCCUGAUGCUCCUAUCUCAGGUGCAAGGUGAAGAGUCCAAGAAGGAACUUCACUCUCCACGGAGCAACUGUCCCGAAGGCUCCUAUUCCCAUCGCUUCUACUGCUAUGCUUUGUUUAUGACACCAAAAUCCUGGGCUGACGCAGAUAUUGCCUGCCAGAAGCGACCCUCGGGGUUCCUUGCAUCUGUGCUCAGUCCGUCUGAGGCAUCCUUCUUGGCUUCUGUGGUCAAGAGCAAUUCGAACACCUGCCCAGACGUCUGGAUUGGGAUUCAUGAUCCCACACAGGGCUAUGAGCCCAAUGCAGGUGGAUGGGAGUGGAGUAAUAAUGAUGUGCUGAAUUACGUUGCCUGGGAGAAAAUUCCUACCACCACUUCAAGCUACUGCGGGAGCCUGUCACGAAACUCAGGAUAUCUGAAAUGGAAAGAAAAUAACUGUCUUCAGAAGUUACCCUAUAUCUGCAAGUUCAGGAAUUAGAAUUAGGUCAGGUGGGAGCCAGCGGCCUGAGUUUGGGAUGCAGCUCCUCGUGGGACCAAGUGAGGACCCACCGGAAAGGAGUAUUUUUCGCACACCCUCAACCCGGACCUCUUCUUUUUUA